CCCAGCCGGUCGGGGGCUUCUUCCAAAUCAGAGUCUUCCAGGCCCAUGACCACCGGAUCCAGGUUCAGCGACGGGCAGUUCCUAGACUCUAGUAUUGUUAUCGAGUCCCCGCCUCCGCCCUCUCCGCAGGUCUGUCGAGGCUUUCUCCAUUUCACCACUAAGACCAUGGACUUCUACUAUCGCCACUUGAUGCCCACGGGCAGCAGGACAGACACUGUGGAGGACGAAGACUCCGACAUGAUCAGCACCCAAUCCCUCCGGAUUGAAUACUCAAGCCUCCACGAAGUGGAUGGAUUUCAAGCUUCGAACGACAAGCCAAACCCCACCAACUUUGGCACUAUUUACUUUAACCCCGGCAAUAGAUCUGAGACCGAGAGUCUCCUAAUCGACUUCUUUAUCAACACCAUUCAGCAGGACAAGUUGUAUUUCCUGCUGGAUCAGGGACAGAACCCGGUCACGUACAUGUUGAUGGCAUCAUGUACUUCUCCUACCAUCUAUGCUGCUAUCUUGAUGUUCACUGCAGACCGACUGGCGCAGUUAGACUCGAAAUUCUCACAUGUGGUCAUGCGCUAUCGCCAGCGUACCCUUAAGGCGUUGAGGGAUCUGCUGAUCCAAUGGAACGGGAGCAUGCGAGAUAUUCUGCUCGUUUCCAUGAUGCUGUGCGUAGUCGAGAUCAACGAGCCGCACCCAGGGAGUUGGGUCGUCCAUUUUUCCGCCUAUCGCCAUGCAAUUCAGCAGCGCCUGGCUCGAACCACAAGACAUCAAGCUGAGGAUUACGGCUAUAAUCUGGCCUACCGGUUUUUCACCCACCAUCUCAUCAUGGCAAAGACCAUGUUCAAUGUCGACGAAGCCAAUGGGGGUUUCAUUGCUAGCUCCAAUGACGGUAGUUCUGUCGACGGCCUCCCUCCCCGGUGGACCUCGACGGAAAAUUUGGCCCUCGAGAUGGACAGCGACUCGCUACAGAUCAUCGAUCCGUAUUCGAAUUUCAGCAACGGACUACUCCUCUUGGUCAACGAAGUUGCAGAUCUCAAACGCUUACAGUCGUCGACGCACAGACUCAAACAUUUGAGAGACAGACGGAAAAUGGAGGCGCAUCUCCAAACCAAGAUGCAACAGCUCAAAGCCAGUCUCGCCAGUCUGACGCAAGUCGCCCCUGAGUGGAUGAAGGAGAGUGAACCCGAAUCGGUGGUGGCAUUGAUCGAGCAAGUAGCCGAGGCGAACCGCCUUGCAGCCUUGGUUCUUCUCCUUCAUGAACCCUACUUGCCACUAAAUCAGCACAAUGCCGCCUCUGCGAACCAAGGUGAUUCUCCUAACCAUGACAUUCUGGCCUCGACAUCCGACAAUGCGAUUCCAGCUGCGUGCAGGCGAGAGGAAAAGGAGCAAUACUUAAAAAACCUUCUCCAGCUUGUUGACAGCUUCAUUGCCUCCACAUGCCUUCUGGCCCCUAGCUGGGCACUCUGGUCAACUUUCAUCGCCGGAUGCUGCACAGAGAAGGAGGAUAACAGGGUUACCGUCAUGGGAAUUUUCAAUACUGCCAUUAGAAUGACUCAGAGAUCGAAUAUUGUCUCCGCAUUUCGCGUUCUCCAAGCGGUGUGGCGCCAGCGCGAUCUACAGGCCGACGUGACUGACGUUUGUGUUCGCACCAUCUCACGGCGGAGGAAGCAUGAGAAGGAAGCUCGUAGCGGCAAAAAGGCGCCCUCGAGUUCCUCUACACCUCCAGAAUAUAUUUAUGAAUGGCAGAGCGUCAUGGACAUGAUUGGAGAACGAAUCAGCCCAUUCUAA